AUGGCACCCAACAUCCGAAAAUCUCACCCCCUACUAAAAAUUAUCAACAACUCCCUAAUCGACCUACCCGCCCCCUCCAACAUCUCUGCUUGAUGAAACUUCGGUUCCCUGCUAGCAGUAUGCCUUAUUACUCAAAUCCUCACUGGCCUCCUAUUAGCCAUACAUUACACCGCAGAUACCUCCCUAGCCUUCUCUUCCGUAGCCCACACAUGUCGAAAUGUGCAGUACGGCUGACUCAUCCGAAAUCUCCAUGCAAACGGCGCCUCAUUCUUUUUCAUCUGCAUCUUCCUCCAUAUCGGACGCGGCCUCUAUUACGGCUCUUACCUGUACAAAGAGACAUGAAACACUGGAGUCGUCCUACUCCUCACACUCAUAGCAACCGCCUUCGUAGGAUAUGUCCUUCCAUGAGGACAAAUAUCAUUUUGAGGAGCUACCGUCAUCACAAACCUAUUCUCAGCAAUCCCCUACAUUGGACAAACCUUGGUAGAAUGGACCUGAGGGGGAUUCUCAGUUGACAACCCAACCCUCACCCGAUUCUUCGCCCUACACUUUCUCCUUCCCUUCGUAAUCACAGGCAUCACCAUCACUCACCUCAUAUUCCUACACGAAUCAGGCUCAAACAAUCCACUAGGCAUCUCAUCCAACUCCGACAAAAUUCCAUUCCACCCUUACUACUCCCUCAAAGACAUCCUAGGCUUAGCACUGAUACUCACCCCAUUCCUUACAUUAGCCCUAUUCUCACCAAACCUUCUAGGCGACCCAGAAAACUUCACCCCAGCAAACCCACUAGUAACCCCUCCUCAUAUUAAACCAGAAUGAUACUUCUUAUUCGCCUACGCCAUCCUACGCUCAAUCCCAAAUAAACUCGGAGGCGUCCUAGCAUUAACAGCCUCAGUACUAAUUCUCCUUCUCCUCCCCUUCCUUCACAAAUCCAAACAACGAACUAUAACCUUCCGCCCACUUUCCCAAGCCCUAUUCUGGCUAUUAGUUGCUAACCUUCUUAUCCUAACCUGAGUAGGAAGCCAACCAGUAGAACACCCAUUCAUCGUCAUUGGCCAAAUAGCAUCACUUUCAUACUUCACCAUUCUACUCAUCCUCUUUCCUGCAAUCGGAACCCUAGAAAACAAAAUACUUAACUUCUAG